AUGGUGAAGCCGCCGGUGCCGAUGUUCGGCGUCGACGGCCGCUACGCCUCCGCCCUCUACUCCGCCGCCUCCAAGAAGAACAAGCUGGAGGCGGUGGACAAGAACCUGAAGACGCUGCUGGAGCUGCAGCAGAAGGACGAGAAGUUCCGCGACUUUCUCAUCAACCCGCUCAUCAAGGCGCCCCAGAAGCGAGAGAUUCUCGGCAAGUCGCUCGCCUCGAAGCUGAACCUGGACGAGCUGACGCUAAAUCUGAUUGCCGUCCUCUCCGAAAACGGCCGCAUGAAGCUCUUCCCCGCGGUGGCGCGAGCCUUCAACAAGACCAUGGCCGUCUCUCGUGGCGAGAUCAACGUCAACGUCACCGCCUCCUCGGCCCUCGACGCCGAAAGUCAGAAGGAGCUGAACGACGUGCUGCAGGCCUUUGCCAAGGGCAAGAAGCUGAUCGUCUCGACCAAGGUCGACAAGAGCAUCCUCGGCGGCCUGAUCAUCGACUUUGACGGCGAGCACUACGUGGACAUGUCGAUCCGGAAGAAGUUCAACCAGUUCUCGAACCUCCUGCGCCAGCCUGUCUAA